AUGGAUACCAAAACCCCAGUCACUCUAGCUAAAGUUAUCAAGGUCCUAGGCCGUACCGGUUCUCGUGGUGGUGUCACUCAAGUUCGUGUCGAAUUUCUAGAAGACACUACUAGAACUAUUGUCAGAAACGUCAAGGGUCCAGUCAGAGAAAACGACAUCCUUGUUCUAAUGGAAUCUGAACGUGAGGCUCGUCGUCUACGUUAA